GAAGCAAAUAACAAUAUUUUCCCGAACUAUCCGUUUCUGGCGGGUUAGGUUUCCUUCGGGCAUGGGUGGAAGGAGAGGUUUGUGGCGCUUCACCGAAAGAAUAGAGAGACGGCGUCCACGCUUCAGAUACCCUAAAAAAGGGAGAAAUAAUCGUAUUAAAUAAUGAUUCACUUUAGUCCUUCAUUAAUUCAUCUGAAAGAGAGAGAGAUAUAGAGAGAGAGAGAGAGAAAGAGAGAGGAGGCUGGAGGAGGAUAUGAUCAUCUGAGCAAUUUGGAGAUCUGUUAGUUUGUUGUUCAUCUCUGCAUCAUCUUAUAGAGCAUUGUUCCUUUUGUCAUCUUUUAUCAUGAGCUCAGCAGUCUCCACUUCUAGAGGAAUACAUCUGCCAUCGAAUUUUGGUUCUUUGGGGUCACAAAAUCCACAAACACCAUCAACUUCUUUGGGGCAACUUGAAAUGGAUCCACAUGAAGCUGAGGAAAUUGAGCUACUAUCAGUAUCUUGGAACCAAGAUUAUGGGUGUUUUGCUGCUGGCACAAGCCAUGGCUUUCGAAUUUACAACUGUGAGCCAUUUAAGGAAACUUUUAGAAGGGAUCUGAAAAGUGGUGGCUUUGGAAUAGUGGAAAUGCUUUUUAGAUGCAAUAUUUUGGCUCUUGUUGGCGGUGGUGCGAACUCGCAAUAUCCGCCCAACAAAGUUCUAAUAUGGGAUGAUCAUCAGGGUCGUUGCAUUGGUGAAUUUGCCUUCAGAUCUGAUGUUCGUGGUGUAAGAUUGAGACGAGAUCGCAUUGUAGUGGUUCUUGAACAUAAGAUAUAUGUGUAUAACUUGACCGAUUUGAAACUUCUCCACCAAAUAGAGACAUUAGCCAAUCCAAAGGGACUUUGCUGUCUUUCACACCAUUCAAGUACCUCUGUUUUGGCAUGCCCAGGUCUACACCAAGGACAAGUUCGGGUUGAACACUUUGGUCUAAAGAUGACAAAGUUCAUCAAUGCGCAUGAUUCACAUAUUUCUUGUUUCAGCUUGACUUUGGAUGGCUUCCUUCUUGCAACUACAAGUGUGAAAGGGACAUUGGUGAGGAUUUUUAACACAAUGGAUGGAACACGCUUACAAGAGGUGAGAAGGGGUGCAGAUAGAGCAGAAAUAUACAGUAUUGCUCUCUCUCCAAAUGUGCAAUGGUUGGCAAUAUCUAGUGACAAGGGCACUGUGCAUAUAUUCAACCUUAGGGUUCGAGUGGUAGGAGAAGAUGCACCUAUUCUACCUUCAGGUCAAGGACCUGCUUUGCUGCAUCAAAACUCUGCAACUUCACUUGAUGCAUUGAUAUCUCCAAAUACUGGCGCUAACCCAAGCUCUUCGUUAUCAUUUAUGAAAGGGGUUUUACCCAAGUAUUUCAGUUCCGAGUGGUCAUUUGCUCAAUUUCGCUUGCCAGAAGUUACACGAUAUUUUGCAGCAUUUGGGUCUGAAAACACCGUAAUGAUUGUUGGUAUGGAUGGCAGUUUCUACAGGUGCAGUUUUGAUCCUGUGCUUGGUGGACAAAUGACGCAGCAGGAGUAUGUUCGAUUCCUCAAAUCGGAAAGCCACCAGCCAAGAUCAGCCAGCCAACUCGCGAGCUAAUUUGCUAAACCAGCAUUUUACAACAAAUAUUGUGGAACCAGAGUAAUUUUUCCUUAAGAUGCAUAUAUUUUAUACAGAGAGUUUGUCUAUCCUGUAAAUUAAUCUCUAAUUAAGGCUUCAUUUGGGACUGUUUUCUUAAUGUUUUUUAAAGCAAUUUUUUAAUACAAAAAUUUUUAUACUAAAAAAAUUGCUUUAAAAAAGGGUAAAAAAUUCAUCCCAAAUGAACCUGAAACUGUAUGGAAUUGAUAUCGUGAUUACCCUUGUAUAAACUCAGGGCUAAUGCUCUGAUGUUCUUGCAAUUUAUUGUUGAGGUUUUUAUUUGGUGCUGGAAGCUCAGGCUUGGCUAA